GCCAUCACCUUGUCACCAUAAUCAUCACACCUCUUCUCUCUCAUCCCAACGCUUGAUAUAAGAGCAGCGGAAAGGAGAUAUUCUCAGAGCCUGCAGUCUCAUUCGAGCGAGAGAAAGUUCGAAUACUGACUGCAAAAAAAAAAAAAUAAAAAAAUAAUACUAAUAAAGGUGUAGAUCGAGACAUCGAGGAGUGUUAUGGGGAAGUAUCUGACGAUGUCAAACGGAGCUGAGGAGGAGGUGGCGGAGAUAGGCGUGAAGACGAAGAGAGCUCGAGAAGAAGUGGAUGCAGGCGAGGAAAUGGAGGUGGUUAAGAGGAGGAAGAUAGGUGAAGGUGAAGGUGAAGGUGAAUUGAAGCCGUUGUCUCCGUCUCCGGCGCCGGCGCUGCUUCAACUGGAAAAUUCGGUUGCUCCGGAGAGCUGGCUCGAUCACGCUAUCAACCAAUCAAGCGAGCUCAGUUUGAAAAACCUGGAAUUCGUAGAUCUAGAGGAGGAAGCUGAUGGCUUCAGGACGCCUAAACGCAAUCCCGAUAUCGCAGAGAGUGAAAAGAUGCCGCCGUUCCUCGCCAGGCUGGUGCCGCCGAGGCCGUUUAAAUUUCGUCUGAUUUCGAAAUCAAUCCCGAAGAACUAUCCAUUUGCUGCGGAUGUUGAAUUCUUCGCUGCUGAGGAACAAAAGCGUCUGAGAGAAUUUUCUGAGAAGUACAACUUCGACUUUGAGAAUGAGGAGCCAAUGGAAGGCCGUUACGAGUGGGUUAAAUUAUUAGGAGAGCCGGCCAUGAAGGUAGCUGAUGAAGAAGAAGAAUCAGCUGAUGAAAUCCCUGUAGCGUCGUCGGCCAUGAAGGUCGCCGAUGAAGAUUCAUCAGGAGAUGAAGUCAGUCUGAUCUAGCGUCGCAGUAAAUUAUUAUCUAUGAUAGCAGCGGACAGCCAGUUUUUCCAUAUUUAUUUAGGCUUUCCUUAUUCGGAUCUUAGCUUUAAUUUACCGCAUUUCCAUUAUUGAACAUUCCCCCUUUAAAUUUCGUGGUCGCAUUAUAUAUGUACAGCUAGAGGUAGAUAGAUAGAUAGAUCGAUCUCCCUUUAGUUAUCAAACUUGGAGCUCUGAUCUCAUUUUCUUCUCAUCUCCCUGUGAAAACAUGUUUUUCACUAGCUUCAGAUCAGAGCUUCAUGUCGAUCAUAUAUAUCAAUUCAAUUCCUUUCUAUAUCAGUAAU